GUUUGUGUUUAUACAAUUGCUAUACUAGAAUUGUUUAUACAAUUGCUAUACUAUACAAUUGCUAUACUAGAGUUAAAUGGGUUUGAGGACUUGGGUGAUGUAGGCUUGAUAGGUAAAGACUCGUGUUAUGUAGUCAAGACAGUUGAAGACUCCGGCGAUAAGGUCCAGACAGUUGAAGACUCGGGUUAUGUAGUCAAGAUAGUUGAAGACUCGGGUUAUGUAACCAAGACAGUUGAAGACUCGGGGGAUGUGGUUCAGACAGAUGUGUUGUUGAAGACUCUGGUGAUGUGGUCCAGACAUUUCAAGACUCCGGUGAUGUUUUCAAGCCAGUUCAAGACUCGGGUGAUGUGGUCCAGACAGUUGAAGACUCGCGUGAUGUAGUCGAGCCAGUUCAAGACUUGGGUUUUGCUAAUGAUCCAAUGGAGAAUGGGGAUACUGAAGUAAGAGUUAUUGAUGAAGCUCGAUUAUCGGACAUUGUUGGUGAGGAUGCCAAGUCAGGGGAGCAAGGGGAGCAAGUGAAAGGUAAUCCAGAAUUCAUAAUAGAAGAGAUUGAAUUUCUUGAAUUAGAUGUUAAAUCUGAGGAUCAGAACAAGAAGAAUGUUGAAAUCGUGGUUACCGAUCGUGUUCAAAAUACUUGCAACGAAGAUGCUGAUACGGAAGUUCAACAACUAUCGGAAAUUGAUGAUAAUAAGGAAUCUAAAAUGUUGGUUAUGAAAAAUGUUGAAGAUACUCCAAACUCGGAUGACGAUAUAACACAAUCAGUUAUGGCUGAACAUAAACAGGAGACAGAAGCCAACAAUUAUCCAAUCACAUAUCAUACUACAAUUUCACAGGUAGAGAUUGAUUUUACUGAUGUCAAUGAUGAAAAACAAUCAGAAGAAUUUGAAGUUAAGGAAGCUCCUAUUGUCCACAAAUUAAUCUUCCCUGAUUCAUUAGUGAUCCCUGAUAUAACGAUGCAGUUUGGCUCAUUCAGUCUUCAUAAGAAGGAUCAAAAUCAGGAGACUGAACCCAAAUGCAGUGCCAACAGUAAUAAUCUUGAAAUAGUCAUAUGUGUUGACAAGGUAGUCAAAGAUAUGGAUGACAUGGUUCCUAUGUUUUCUGUAGAGGCUUCAAGUGAGUUUGUUAAUCUUCAAAUUGAAGAUACUGAUAGCAAGAUACACAAAAUGGAGGAUAUGAUACACCAUGAACCAUUGGACUUAAAAGAUAAGAAUCAGUUCAUUUGCGAAAUCAAGCAAUCGAAGAGUUAUGUUUCAAAUAUGGGAAUCCAUGAUGAAACUCAACAUGCCUUAAACCAGAAAAGGGAGAUAGAGGAGCACCUGAAGAAUUCAGAAAAAGAAAUCAACUCAUUAGAAGAUAAUGUAUCAAAACCUGAACCUGAAGUGGCGGCUUUAGAAAUAAAGAAAACACAUGAAGAAAAUGAAAAAGAAAAAGAAGUACAAAUUCCAUUCCAAGCUGCGGCUAAACCAAAAUCCAUUUCAGUGUUUUCAACGGUUGAACAUAGAAAAAAGAAGACGAAACACACUCACACUGAUUAUCAAACUGUAGGAAAAGUAGCUGGGAAAUUUAAUCAUAAGAUUAAAACUAAGGAACCUGUAAAAAUAAUAAUAAUAAGAGAUUCAGUAUUUGCUUGUUUGAAUGAGAUACCAGAGGAUGAGGAUGAAGAAAAGGAAAAAACCUUGGUGGGGUUUGACAAGAAGUCGGAUAAGUUAAGGAAAGAAGAAACUAAACGCAAGUUAAAAGAGCAAAUUCAAUUGGAGAAGGUGAGAGAAAAAAGGUUAAGAAAAAAAGAAAGGAAGAAGACAAGUGGCGACAUCAGUAUGAACAAGGAAAUUGAGACAAAGGAGACAAAACCAACACCACAUUUGUCAAAGCAGUUAGAAACCAAAAAUCAUCUUCGCUUUGGCUGGUGGUUUCUAGUCUGCACAUAUGGUUAUGGUUAUUGA